AUGUAUGAGGGAUGGAAUAAUCGGUUUUUCAUUUUAGUGAAUCACAAACACCCAACAAUUUGGACAUUGAUUACUAAGAUGCGGCAUUUUUAUGCCGCAGAUGAMACCAAAGUCGCACAGCGUCAGCUGGUGAUGCAUUCUAUUCAAACAAAUUUGGUAUUUGUUGUAAACAAAAGUAUGUGGCCGCAAUACCAUUAUACAUUACCGUGGGACUAUCAAUGUGGUGAAUACGGAAAUUAUAAUCACGGGUGCAUCACGUCUCACAUAAGAGUGUGGGCAGCAUUACGAUUUGUGACCGACCUAAGGACAAUAGAUUCUGAUGGAAUAAGAAAAGCUAUGAUUGAGGCGGCCAGCACAGGACAAGAAUUCAACCAAUGUGCGGAAAAAUAUGCGUUUGAUCCAAAUCUUCUUAAAAUAAAAUGUGAAUUAGAUUUAGAAAGGAUACCUUUUUGA